AUGUCUUUCCAAGGCCUCGUUUGGGCAUGUCUUGCCGCAACGGUUGUUGCUCACGGCGGUCAUGAAGCUGUUCCAGAAGGCGAAUCCAUCUCCAAGGACCCUAUCGACGCCACCCUCUGGGUCCAUAUGAUCCUCAUGGGCCUGGCAUUUGGUAUUAUCUUUCCGAUCGGCAUGGUUCUCGGUAUCGUUCGCUCCCGCUGGCACGUCCCUGUGCAAACUGUCGGCACCGUCAUUGGUGUCCUUGCCUACUUCCUCGGCCACGCCCACAAGGGUCGCCAAUUCGACAAAAAUGUUCACGCCUCGGUCGCAAACUGGUUUAUGCUCGGCCUUGUCGCGCAAGUCGCCCUGGGUGUGUACCUCAAACUGCAUUUGGAGAAGGGUGGUCAAGCACGCAUCCGGUGGAUUUUCGUUCUCGCGCACAGUAUCCUGGGUAAGAUUAUGCCAGUUGUGAGCUGGACGCAGAUGGUGUUCGGUGGUAUCGCCGCCAUGGGCUUCUGUCGCGAUGAUCAUCUGGGUCAAUGUCUGGCGCAUUUCAUCAUGGGCUCUGCGUUCAUCGGAUAUGGUAUCUGCUUGACGAUCUUGCUGCUUGUCGGCCAAUACUGGCUGCGCAAGACGGGUCGCAGUCAGGAAUUCUUUGAUUCUUUCAUCAUCGCCGCUUGGGGUUGCGUGAACACGUUUACUGAGCACCGGUGGGGCGGCCCUUGGGUUCACAACGAUCUGCAGCACACUACCAUGGGUAUCGUGUGGUGGGCGGCUGGUUUGCUCGGCAUGUGGCUUAGUCGUAGUCGCACCGGACAACCUAAGCGCAACCUCAUUCCCGCCAUUGUCAUCAUGCUCACUGGGUACGCCAUGUCGGCCCACACCCAGGAGCUCAUGAUCAGCACCAUGGUGCACGCCAUCUUCGGGUACACUUUGAUGGGCGCCGGUCUAGCUCGGGUCAUCGAGAUCUCCUUCAUCCUGAAGGACAAGCCGGCUCUUUCAGAGCCCAACAGCUUCCAAUACGUGACCCCCUUCUUGCUCUACGCCUCUGGAUUCCUUUUCAUGGGUGCCACCGAGGAGCAGAUGGUCAUGUUGAACAACGCAGGCAUCAUGCACGUGUCUUACGUCCUGAUCCUCUACAGCGUUGCGUUUAUUGUUUUCCUUUUCGUCAACGUUUUACUGCAUAUCUACGCAGUCCACGCUUGGCCCAACUCCGACUCCACAGAUCAGGAUGGACCCAAGUACACAAGCAUCAACCGAAACGGAAACGCCAAUGGCAACGCCAACGGCCACGCCCGCUCCACCUCGCAGCAGAUCCAGGAUGCUGAGGCCUACGAGCUGCACGGCUUGGUCUCUGAUGAUGAGGAGGACCUGCCCAUGGGACCGCGUCGGAACAGCGACGAAGAGCUCGGCAAAUAG